AUGACCCUCCGGACUGUUCUCCUCAUUAGCCUCGGCCUUGGGGCCGCUGCGCUUCCCGCCAGCUCUGGCAUGAAAAAUAUCAAACAUGUUGUUGUUCUUGUGCAGGAGAACCGCUCAUUUGACACACUAGCCGGCGGUUUCACCUACAAUUCUGCCAUCGACGGUCUAGUUAACAAUGACUACUGCAACCUGGCCAAUGUCUCGGUGCCAACGUCAGAAAAUGUCUGCGCAGCUGAUAUUGCGAACAAUGUCGCCUCAGAUGACCCCGAUCACUCGAUUACUGGUGGAAACAUGCAGGUCUUUGGCACCUAUCAUCCUACUGCAAAUGCCAAGUCAACCAUGGGUGGCUUUGUCACCGAGCAGAGCUACUAUUAUAACCUUCAGCAAAACAUGAUGGAGGCUGCCGAGGUCAUCAAUUACUAUAAACCGGCUCUUGUCCCAGUCACUGAGGCUAUGGCAGAGAACUAUGUAUUGUUUGAUAGGUGGUUCGCAGCUGUCCCAGGCCCCACCAAUCCGAACCGAGCAUAUUUGACUUCAGGCACAGUUCAUGGACAUGGCUCUAACGAUAAUGCAUACAACGUCUCAAUGCUCCCUCAAACCUCUAUCUUUGAACAAUUGACCGAGCACAACAUAACGUGGAUAAAUUACCAAAAUACCACAGGUAAAGGAUCUGACAGUUUCCUCCCCGAUGCACUGUUCUACCAAUGGACCGCCAAAUCAGGCAUGGGAGAAACAAACGUCCUCCCAAUCAAUCAAUUCUACGAGGACGCAAAGAACGGUAACCUACCUCAAUUCACCUGGAUCAACCCCGAAUGCUGCGAUUAUAUGUCCAUGCACCCGAAAUCACCCAUAAACAUGGGCGAGAACUUCAUGAAAAGUAUAUACGAUGCCAUACGGGGUUCUCCUCAGUGGAAAGAUACGCUUUUCAUUAUCACCUGGGACGAGCAUGGAGGUUUCGCCGAUCACGUUGCUCCUCCUACUGACGUUCCUGCCGGGGACAAUAUCCCGUAUACGGAGCAGGCACCGGAUGGUAAGAACUAUACGUUCCAUUUUGAUCGGUUGGGCAUACGUGUUCCGGCUAUGUUGAUUUCGCCUUGGGUGGAGAAGGGUGUUGUUCAGAAUAAGCCUAGUUCGGGGGGUGAUUUCACGCAUACUUCGAUUUUGAAGUUUGUUUCGGAGCUUUGGGAUUUGCCGACUCUGGGUCCAAGGGUUGACUGGUCGCCUUCUUUUGGGAAUUUGAUUACGAAUAAGUUUCGGGACGAUACUCCGGAGACGAUGCCGAAUGCUGCGGGUUACUAG